CUUCAUUUUAACUGCAUGGUGCGUAAAUAUAUCGGGAAGAGAAUCGCACCAGCAGAUCGUGCAGAAGCUUCAGAUAAUAUAUUACGAUUUUGUCUUAAUUCAUUUUGUUAUUGCUACUGGAGUAUAAUGGAGAUUAAAGAUGAUUAUGCUGGCUACCCUUUGAAUAUGUUCUGUGUUCCUAAACAUUAUGAAGCUGAUUUGACUGAUAUUAUGAUACCUGCAGGACUCAUUAAUGAUAGAAUUGAACGAAUAGCUCGUGAUAUUGUUCAAGAUAUAAUCCCUCAAGAAAAUCGAGGAAUUGUGGUUCUGUGUGUACUAAAAGGAGGCUAUAAGUUCUUCGCUGAUUUGUUAGAUAAGAUUAAACAGUUAAAUCGCAACAGUGAAGAAUCCAUCCCAAUUUCUAUUGAUUUCAUCCGUUUACAAAGCUAUAAGAAUGACAAAUCUCAAGGUUCCAUUCAAGUUAUUGGUGGUGACCGACUGGAAAAUUUAAAAGGCAAAUGUGUUCUCGUAGUAGAAGAUAUUAUAGAUACUGGUGGAACUAUGAUCAAACUAAAGGAAUUGCUUGCUAAGCAUGAACCAAAGUGUGUUAAAGUAGCCAGCUUGUUGGUGAAGCGAAGUGCUCGCAAUUGUGGAUAUAAACCUGACUUUACAGGCUUUGAAAUCCCUGAUGAGUUUGUAGUUGGAUAUGCUCUUGAUUAUAAUGAGCAUUUUAGAGAUUUGAGUCAUAUUUGUGUGAUUAAUGAAAAUGGAAAGAAAAAAUAUGCUGUGGCAUCCUAAAAAUCUGAGACAGCCUAUCUCAGAUGUGAAAUGAAUCUGACUUUUUUUUUGUCAAAAGACAUUUAACACCUAGUGACAAAAUAUAUUAAAAUCUUAUUUUUCCAAUUACUUUCCUGAUUUUAUUUAUUUUUUUUUUCAAUAAAUUUUUGAGAAAUAUUAACUUAAUCUAUAUUCUUCUAUCUUAUCUAAUUACAUCUGAGUAAUGAUCUCAGUUACUCUUAUUAUUUAGUUUCUCAUUUUACAUUGUUUAUUAGUUAAGAGGAAAAAAAACUGCAUUUAGUCAAAAGUGAGAUUGUAACAUUACAUUUUUUUCAUUCAUUAAAUUAAUUUUCUUCAUACAACACUUUUUAUUUUCAUGCAGCCAUUUGUGACUAACAAAAAAAUAUUUUGAGUUGAUACUGAUCCUCAUGUAAUGAAAUCUUGGUUUGAUAAUAAACUGCACAACUGUUUAUGUUUGUUAAUUUGGUAUUCAUUUAUAUUAGAUAAAAAUCAGAUGUCUUCCCUUGAAUUGUAGAUUGUUCAAUAGUUUGUAGUGGACAGGUAUAAAGAUGAUGGAAAUCGAAACCAAUUGUUGUAAUUUCAGAAAAUACUUGAAAUAAAUAUCAGCAAACAUAUUCUUACAAAUACACUCUGUUGAAAUAAAUGGUAAUAAAAUUUUUAUUCUUUUCUGACA